AUGGGCGAUGUCACCACGGUUUUCAUAACAGAAACCUACCAUAUUUAUCUGUGGACCAAUAACAGCGUUUUCUUAAAAGACAUGUGGCCGCACGUGGUUAGGGCGAUUGCUUGGAUGAUUGACGGAGGCACAAAAGGGACUGGUUUACCUUACAGACUACAAUGUACAUAUGAUCAGCUCUCUCUCAAUUUAUACGAUCACAACACCUUUAACAGUUUCUUGUAUGUCCUGGCCCUACGAGCGGCUGAGGAGCUAUGCAAGAUAAUGGACAACUUGGAUUUGUUGAAGGAAGUUUCAGCAGCACUGGAGGUUGCAAAAUAUCAAAUAUCGGAAGAAUUAUGGAGCGAAGAAGAUGGUUAUUAUCACGCUUGGUGGGAUAAGGAGAAAGGUUCACCGUCCUGGCUGAUGAGUGAUUCACUGUACGCUCAAGUCUGGGCCUAUACUCUGGGACUAGGACACUUGGACGAUCCAAAAAGGUUAGGAUGUAUCUUCCGGCUUCAGGAUAACUUUUUACUUCCGGGGUUUGAGUUCAGUUGUAUUUCUGGGUAGCUAUCACAAUUUUUUUUUUGCGCUGUUCUUAAAAUUUUCUUGACUACACUGAGCGGCGAAGGUUUGAUGACCCAAAAAUGGUUAGGUACCAUUACUAAAAUGUCCUAAUGACUAAUUUGGCGCCUUUUUCAUUCUCAUAGUAAAGCCAUGUCCAUUACGCUGCAUCGUGCACAAUAAUUUUGGUCACAACAGUUCAGAAGACACUACUACUACGUUCAUUAUAGAGGGCCGUAGGUUAGAACACUGUAAAAGGUUAUAACGUCUCUCUCCUUUAUAAAGUAUUGUUAUGUAUUGUACUAUAGGGCCAUUGAAGCAAACGCAUUUUAUUAAUUCCCUGUGUACAGGCUCAGAUCUCAUUUAAUGAAAGAACUUGAAAUCAACGAUACACCAUAUGGGCUCCGAGUGAUGGCUACUGACCAUCCAACUAACAAGAGCGUGGGCUCAUGUCCCAAGGAUAUCAGUACUAACAAGUUAAACGAGUUGGUGGCGCUACACGAGUCAAUCUGGAUGGGCGCCAACCCUGACUGGACGACUCUUCAACUUCAUUUGGGUAAGCUCAUAUAAUUGCCAGCAAGAAGAGGGUCGUCUUACUUGUUUCGGUUUCUGCCUAGCACAUCAUUGACGUGGAAGUUGAUUAUCCCAUGGGGGCAACCACUUUGAAAAGAAGUUAAGGAAUUGUAGGUUACAAUUAGCCAGACUUGACACGUUAACCUGAAAAAAUUGGUCUUUGAUUCAUUCGUUCGUUCAUUCCUGUAGAAUGUAGGUUCAUGCAUAACAUUUAAUGUUGGUAAACGCCAUCCAUAACGCGCGUUUAUAGAAGAAUGUAGCCUGUUCCAGGCGUUCCCAGUCCUCCCUCGUUUUCCCUGAAUACAUCAUCAGAUUACGGUAAUAAUGUUGCCAUACCCUCAAACGUUUCCAACCUCCCUUGACAAAAAAUUCAAUUAGAUUUCACAGCUCGAGCUUAUCGCCUCUCCUUCGGCUAAGCGAGGUUGAAAAGAGAGCUUUCCGCACCUAAAAAAGGUUCUCACUCAUUGAUGAUCGGUAAACAGUGACUACACAGUGUUUCUCUGAAUUACUUCUAGUCAUGGAAAAUAGUCUGAAAAAUUAUUUCCCUGCCGUUAAUGUGUUUCCUCCCUGUCCCAGUGUGAGAAGACGAAGCGUUUCUUUCAUGACAGAUUUCGAGGACAUAUUACAGUACACCUUCCUCUUAACAGACACUUUUAGACGAUUGACACCUAAAACAGGACAGUAAGGGUUUUCCCCGCAGUUCUUCAGUUAUAUGCUGUGACUCUCUCAAAGGCGAACAGCUCUAUAAGACGGAUACUCGGUGACAGUUCAAACGGUGCCCUUCUUAGAGAGAGUUGACUGAAGUAACUCUUGAGUGCUACGUUAAUGCAAAUCUUGAAACAAUCUUAUUUCAGGUUUGGACCCUCAGAAGGCGUUACUACAAGCUGAGAAAACCAUAGAACACGUUCGUUCAGAGCUGAAUGACGAAUGGGAUUUUCAUGGACUUUACUCGGGGAAUGGGUACGGACUUGAUGGUCUCCCGUGGUGCACCUCGCACUAUGCCUUUCACAUGGUACUAUGGCACAUUCCUUUUGCGAUCUCGGGCCAGUCCUUCUCGGCACCAGAAGCAACACUUUCAUUUGAACCUAAGCUCUCUUGUCCGUAUAACGUUCCCUUCUAUACAUCGUUUGCCACGGGGACUUUGCAAUGUACCUUUGUCCAAAAACGAAAUCAA